AACACAGUAACAACCUUGUAACCACAUUGGAGAGUGCGUGGGCAUUGUUGACACAAGUACAAGCUAAAUACAAGUUGAAGUCUGCAUGCUGCUCAAGAAGGCUUCAACAUUGUAAGAUAAUUAUGUCUAUUCCUCAAGCCCAAGCAAAGUUCUCCUUUGGCCUGAAAGGAGAUGUGGCCAACAAUGUGUGGUACCUUGAUGAACAGACAAUCCUCUACCCCAGUGGAGCCAAUUUGGUCCUGUUCAAUGUAGACCUAAAACAACAGAAGUUCAUUCCAUGCACUGCUGGCAGUGAAGGCAUGACAGCUCUAGCUGUUAGUCCAAACAAGAGAUACGUAGCAAUGGCUGAAAAGAAAAACGAGAAACCAACCAUUACAAUUUUCGAUCUGACAACACUAAAAAGAAAAAAGACCCUUAGCUCGACAGAAGUUACAUUCACCUCUCACGAAUACAUCAGUUUGGCAUUUUCCCCAGACUCAAAAUAUCUUGGUUCCCAAAGCUCUGGUCCUGAUUGGACACUCUGCUACUGGCAUUGGGAGAAAGCAAAAGUGAUGGCAGCGGUCAAGAGCAGUGGAGUCAUCAACCACAUUGUUCGGCAGGUAUCAUUCAAUCCUCAAGACAACACACAGUUGUGUGUAGUGGGCGAGAAACUGUUUAAGCUGUUUCGUUACAGCGAGGGCAACCUAAAACAGUUUGGGAUAAUGAAAGUCGAACCCUCCAAUUACCUGUGCCAGGCCUGGAUAUCAGAGGAUCGUCUCGUGCUGGGUACUGACAACGGAAAAGUUCAGCUCUUUGAAGUUGGAGAACUCAAGAAUGAGUUUGAUGUGAUGAUACCUAACGCUAGUCAAGUGGUGUCACCAGAAACCACCAAGAAACCUCAACCAAGCAGCAUGACCUCUCUAAAGCCUGUGCCCAUCGACUGCAUCACAACCUACUCUAAAGGUUUCAUCUGCUCAGGAGGCAAUGGCACCCUUCAUCUCUUUGAGAAGACAGAUAAUCGAAACAUCUAUAAAAAGACUCGCAGUGUGAGCAUAUGGAUAGACCCGUCUAUCAGUGUGGUACCCCAGUCUGACGAGGAGGGUACAGAGCCGUCCAAUGACAUCUUGAGCAUGGUGCUGAGUCCCAGUGAGGAGAAUUUAGUGUGCAGCACAAGAAUGCAGCAGCUCUACAACCUCACACUCUCCGUGGCUGAUCUGCAGGGAAAGGGUAGCAACUCAGGAUUCGACUACCUCACUCACUCAUACCACCACGGGGAGAUCACUGGCAUGGACGUGUGUAUCAGGAAGCCCAUCAUUGCCACCUGCUCUCUCGACAAGUCCGUACGAGUUUGGAACUACGAGAACAAUUCCCUGGACCUGUACAAGGAGUUCCAUGAGGAGGCGUACAGCAUCGCCCUCCACCCCAGUGGUCUGUUUGUGUUAGUGGGGUUCAGUGAAAAACUGCGACUCCUGAACUUACUAAUUGAUGACAUCCGCCCUUUCAAGGAGUUCAUGAUCAGGGGAUGCAGAGAGUGCUCUUUCAGUAAUGGUGGUCACAUGUUUGCAGCAGCCAAUACUAACCUCAUCCAGCUUUUCUCAACCUACUCCUUUGAAAACAUUGGAAACCUCAAGGGACACAACGGAAAGGUCCGCUGCAUUCUCUGGAGUCAGGACGACAGUCGGCUUAUCAGUUGCAGUUUGGACGGGGCCAUCUACGAGUGGAAUGUCCAGGCUUGCAAGAGAGAGAAUGAGAGUGUACUCAAAGGCUGCAGCUACACCUCUCUAGCCAUCACUUCUGACCUCAGGACAACCUUUGCCGUUGGCUCUGAUCAAACCCUCAAGGAGAUCAUCCUGCCUGACUCAAACAUCGUGCGUCAAGUGAAUGUUGGACCGGAUGUGAUGCUGACUCAAGUGGUCCUCUCCAACUCUGGUCGUAUGUUGUUCACUGGUACCAGCUCUGGAGCGGUUAGGGCCAUUAAGUUCCCCCUCACUGAACCAGUCGAAUGGCAGGAGCACCACGCACACUCAGCAGCUGUCACCAGGAUGCGAAUUUCCUAUGACGACCAGUUUCUAUUCUCAGUUGGUCAGGACGGAUCCCUCCUGGCACUACGAGUCACUGACAAAGAUGGUCGUGGGCUCAAGAGGGAGAAGGACAUCACAUUUGCUGAGGAGGUCCUCGUCAUGAAGACAGAUCUAGAGGAAAAGGACACUACAAUGUCUGAGUUAAAGACUCGAGUGGAUGAGCUCAAGAUGGAGAAUGAGUACCAGUUGAGACUCAAGGAUAUGAACUAUGGGGAGAAGAUCAAAGAGCUCACAGAUAACUUCCUGCAAGAGAUCGAUGCCCUCAAGGCUAAGAAUGAGGCCCUACGCACUGACAAGGAGAAGGAGGCUGGUAGACACGAGGAGGAGGGACAGGAGAUCACCGAUAGACACAUCAAAGACAUGCAGGAGAUUGAGGACGUCAACAGUCAGAAACUGAUGGCUGAGUAUGAGAAAUAUCAAGAGCUGCAACAGAGGAGUCAGAAAUUGCAAGAGGAGUAUGAACGGCGACUCACAGACAUGGAGGAUGCUCGUGAGAAGGCUCUACAGGAGCUCACUGAACACUACCAGGCCAAACUCCAGGAGAAAGAGGUCCAGUUAGACCAGGCCUCAGACGAACUGCGUCAGCAACUCAAAGAGAGCGAGGAAUUGCAGAGACAGACAGAGGAGGAUGCUGACAGGGAGAUACUCGACCUCAAGAACCGCUAUGAGAGACAACUGCGGCAGAAGUUUGAAGAGAAUACCAAACUGAGGGGAGAGGUCGGGAUACUCUCCAAAAAGGUUGGGAGUCUUCAGGAUGAGAUUAAGAGUCUUAGGGAUGAGAUACAACGCCAGAAGCAAGAAUUGAAGAAGAGAGACAACAUCAUCUCGUCUCUCAAGACAGACAUUGAGGGGCUCAAAAAAGAGAUCCAGGAGAGAGAUGACACCAUCCAGGAUAAGGAAAAACGUAUCUAUGACCUGAAGAAGAAAAACCAGGAGCUGGAGAAGUUUAAGUUUGUGCUGGACUACAAGAUCAAGGAGCUGAGGAGGCAGAUGGAACCAAGAGAGAAUGAGAUCAAAAGAAUGAAGGAGCAAAUCAAAAAAAUGGAGGGUGAGCUUGGUGAUCUAAGUCGUGACAACAAAGCACUCCAGUUGGCCAUGGCUCAGAAGGACCUACGACUAGACGCUACUCUCAAGGACAUGCUUCAUGAGAGACAAUCAGUCCAGGACCUAAAGGUAGAGCUCAAGAACAUCAAAGCUGGUCUCCAUAACACGUCACGCUUCAUUCAAGAGCCUAACGAGCUCAAAGAAACGGUUAAAGAGCUGUAUAGGAGACAUCUGCGAGACUUUGAUCAGACUGCUCGAGCUGAGCAUGCUGCGGAGACUGACAUGCACUCUGAGUACGCUCGACAGCGAGAGCACCUUGAGAGAAGCGUGGCCUCCCUCAGGAAGAAACUGAGCAAGGACACGGAGAUACACAGGGCAGACAACGUUAGGGUGAUGCAGGAGAAUGUGUCUCUAUUGAAGGAGAUUAAUGAUCUGAGGAUGGAAUUGAAAAAGAGUAGAACAAGUGCUCACGAUUUGGAGGCUGUUUUGAAAAUAGCUCGCAAACAAGGAUUUGAUGACCAUGCAGCCUACUCUCUAGUGAAACCCAUCAAACCCAUCACAGGACUGGCACAGAUUGAGCCCACCGAUAACCUGAGGAUAAUUGAUAUGCAGAAAAUGGAGAUAAGCCGACUGAGAAGCAAGAUUCGAGAGUUUGAGGGAUUGCAGAGAACAGGCUCCACCAAUCGACUUCCUCCAAUGAUGCAGGGAUCUCCUCUACCAGUACAAUAAACUGACUUGGCUUUAAGAACAUCUCUAUUUACAAUAGUGAAUAUAAUUAUAUAGUUUCAGCAACUAUUUUUACACAUUCUGUCAUAAUUAUAAAUCCAUGCAGUUUGGUAUGUCAUAAUAAUUUUAUGAACUGUUU